AUGCGUUUCAUUGUUGCUGUCGCCAGCCUUGCUGGUAUCGCCUCCGCUACCGUCAUCAAUGCCGUUGCGGAUGUUGCAGUUGACGCCCUUGUCGACGUCGACGCCGCAGCCCACCUCGGCGUCAAGCUUCUCGACGCCAAGAAGGCACACAGUGGUUACAAAUGCCCUCACGCAAUGAGCUACUGCCCGUGGACCAAGGCCUGCGCCUGCCCCCCUGGCCAGAAGCUCGACCUCGAGACCAAGACCUGUGUCGGUGACGUACUUCGAGGUGCUUGGCCCGAGCCUGAUGUCAGUGUCUACGCCUCGGUCGGCGUCACGCUCGGCAAAUUCUGUGCAUUCUCUCCCACCAAAAUCGUCAAGUACGACCCCAACCACGAGUAUUGCCAGGCAAACCUCCACAACGUUGCCUUCUUGGCGGAUAUUGCUAUUGCGGCAGAGAUCGCUCACCUGGUCGAGAUCGACGUCAAUGCCAACAUUAGUGCCGAGCUGAAGAACGUAUGCGCCGCCCUGACUGGUCUUUACAUCGAGGACGUGCUUGAUGCCGUCGUCGCCUUCAACACCGACCUCCUUGGCCUCGCUGUUGUCGAGGCCGACAUCAAGGCCAGCCUGGGUGUAGGUAUUUUCAACCUGGUCAACAGCCUCACUUGCAGGCUCGGUUUGGGCGGCUGCAACUAUGACUGCGUCGCUUACUGCACCAAAGGCUGCCCCAACUAUGUCGACGUCGUUGGCGAGCUUGGUGGUCGUAUCACCGGUCUCGUUGGCUUCUGCAUUCUGCCAAAGGUCAUCUUGGUCGUUAACAGCCUCAAGGUGGUCGUCAGCGUCGUUGUUGACGGUCUUCUGUGUCUUGUCGGUGGUGUUAUCAGGACCGUCUUGUCUACGUUCAACUGCCACUGCAAAUAG